GCCACACUGUGGUGAUCAACUGCAGUCUGCAAAUCAGCUGCAAGAAAGCGGCCCGCUCCCGAUUACACCUUGACUGGCUCGGUCUCCGCUCCACACCACAAUCCCCGAGCAAAAGUCCCUCCAAAGAAGGAAAUCGGGAGGGUUGAUAUCGAGAGGGGAAAUCCCUUUGGUAAGCGUGUCCUGGUGACGGGGACCGCGCAGCGGCCCGGGGUGUGUCUGCUGAAGUUCGAGCUGCUCCAGAGGAGACAGUGAGCGAGAGAGAGAGAGCGCCUCCUGGAGAGGAGCUGGUUCAAUUCCCGACCCGGGCUCCGCAAAGUCCUUCUCAAGUCGCCGAGGACUUCACCUGCUUCUGACGCUAUGACUGACUGGGACAGAAAUAAGAGGGUUCUCCUGGACCUGGCGAGGCAGGGAGAGAACAGCCAGUGCGCCGACUGCGGGGCAGCAGAUCCCGAGUGGGCCUCCUACACACUUGGGGUGUUUAUCUGCCUGAACUGUUCUGGGAUCCACCGAGAUCUGUCAGGAAUCAGCAGAGUUAAAUCCAUCCAUCUCGACUUCUGGGAUGAUACCCUAGUUGAGGAAAUGAGAAGAAAAGGGAACCAAGUGGUGAAGAGGUGUUAUGAGGCAAACGUCCCUCCAUUUUACUACAAGCCAAGGGCUGCAGACUGCAAAGUUCUGAAGGAGCAGUGGAUUCGAGCCAAAUACGACCGGAAGGAGUUCAUUGCAGCCAGCAGGCUGCAGGAGAUCUUCACGUCAGGUGACCGAACCGGAUACCUGUGGAAACGGGGCAAGGACAAAGGAAGUUUUCACCAAAGGAGUUUCCAUCUUCUGGAGAAGGAGGGAACACUGAGAUACUACAGCAAGGAGGAUGGUAAGGAGCCAAGGGGAGUCAUUCAGGUGUCAAAGAUGAAUGCCACAUUCCAGCCGGAAAAGAUCGGGAAUCCCAACGGACUGCAAAUCACGUAUCUGGAGGAUGGCCACACCAGGAAUAUAUUUGUGUACCACAAGAGUGGGAAGGACAUCGUGGACUGGUUCAAUGCAAUAAGGGCUGCUCGGUUCCGGUAUCUCAAGAUGGCUUUCCCCACAGCCAAUGAAUCAGAUCUCAUUCCUAAGUGUACAUGGAAUUAUGCAAAAGAGGGAUACAUGGAAAAGACAGGCCCCACGGAAAAGGAAUAUUUUAAAAGGCGAUGGUUUACCCUGGAUAAUAUAAACCGCAAAUUGCUGUAUUUCAAAGAGCCGCUGGAUGCCUAUACACAAGGGGAGGUGUUCAUUGGGAACACAGAGUAUGGUUACAUCGUGACAGAGGGGCUCCCUCCCGGUGUCAAGGGCAACAAGUGGAACUUUGGGUUAACGAUACAGACCCCGGGGAGGAGGUUCCUGUUUACAUGUGAGACUGAGCAAGACCGCAAGGAAUGGAUCAAUGCUUUAAAAGAAGUUAUUUCCAAGCCCAUGUCCUGUCAGGAUUAUACAGUUGAGGCGACCUUGAGGCGAAAACAGAGGAGAUGAUCAUGGAUAUCUUGGUCUUGACGGCAUACAGACAGGCUAGGACCGGAAGAUGUACUUCAGUAAGCAAUGGGGAUACAGUAUACCAGUCCCUCGCUGCUCACAGGAUAACGAGUUGCAGGAGCCACCUGAAUGCAGUGAUCGGAACAGAAAAUUACUCAGAAUUGAGGAAAGCUCCUCCAUCACUGUGGUCGUUUGAAAUCGCCUACUCUAAUUUAAUAUUGGAAUUGGAAACCGGGACAAAAGCAGCAAGCAUUUCCUUGGAUCCCCUUCCUGCUGCUUUACUGGAUUUGGGAACAGGCAGAAGCCAAACUCAAACGACUGCUGUUAUUUCAGUGCUAGCCAUCGUUCCUACUGUGGGCCACGUAUGUGGCUCAGUCGUAUUCACACCUACUUUGCUACAGCUUCAGACUGCAAUCCUUAACUUGGUUGAGAGAUCGUUGGAGUUAACAGGUUAACUGUGUACCUCAAUACGCCACGUUGAUGCAUUGACCGACAUGGACGGUAUGCAAGGCUUUUCUUUUCACUGUACCUUGGUACACGUGAUAAUAAACCAAUUUACCAUCGGACCCAGUGAAUUACAGACCAUGGAAGGGUUUAUAUUCCUGGUGAAUGUGUAAGGUAAAACAGCCCAUACAAUGCUUAGUCACACUGGCAAGAUUUAGUUAUGAAUCUCCCGCAGAAAAUAGUAACCAAGAACGUAGACGGUACAGAAAGAGAUUUACGCCUUGCUGCAGAGGUACAACAGCCGGAAUACUUCAUUCCGUCCGUCCCGUCACUAAAGGCGGGAUUUCCCAGUGGCCUAUUUAUAUUUUUUCCAUUCCCAUUCUGGCAUGUCAGCACGAUGAGACCACACCUCAUAUUUUAUCUAGGUAGCGUCGUACCUGACGGCAUGAACAUUGAUUUUCCCAACUUCCGGUAAAUUCUCCCUCUGACCUUUAGCCAUUCUGAUUACAGCCCCUCCCCUUAUUUUCCAUGGUCCAAUGUCCUCGAUCUAAAUCAUUCUUCUUCAGCCCUUUUACCUUUUCCACCUAUCGUAUUCUAGUUUAUUUCAUAUUCCGUCCUCCCCCUUUCCUUUCCAGUCCCGAUGAAGGAUUUCGGCCCAAAACAUUGACUGUCUACCCUCCACUGGCUGCCUGACUGCUGAGUUCCUCCAGCAUUGUGUGUUGCUUAAAGCUUCCAGCAUCUUUGUGCCAAAGGUUUGCUUCACGGAAUACACGUUUGUUAUAGAUUGCGAACAUUAGUGGAUCAGCAGACAAUGCAGUUAUAAAAGGGUGUGUGGAACACAUUGCCAGGCGUGGUGGUCCCUACAUCAGGGCAUUUAAGAAACUUAGCAUAUAGAUGGUAGGAAAAUGUAGGACCAUGUGGGAGGGAAACAAAUAAUUUAAAAAUUAAAUGUACUUAGUUAAACUUGCCAAAAGUAAACUGAACACGAGCCCCUUCCUGGCCAGAGAUGGCCCCGAUAUGCCGUGAAACCAAAGAGCUCUUCCCUACCACUGGUUUAAAGCAUUAAUAUUUGUAUCUUUUCUCAUCCCGUUGUGUAGCACUGGAAAUAAUCCGGUGCUGACAGUUUUCAGGUCCUACUUAAAUAAAAAAAGGAAUAGAGUAACUGUAGAGAAUGCAUUUAGGUCAGUGUAUGUAAAAUGGCCUAAUCCCUUGUCUAAACUACGCUGACUGAAUUAAGGUGGUUUUCUCAAUAACCUAAUGAAGCACCUACAAAAUACUGGAGGAACGCGGCAGAUGAGGCACCAUCUAUGGAAAUGAACACAGUAGAAGUUCCGGGCUAAGUCCCUUCUUCAGGAUUGUACAGGAAGGGAGAAGACGCCAGCAGAAAAGGUGGUGGUGGGGGGUUGACAAAAGGCCAGAGUGGAGAAUUGCCGAGGGGAGAGGGAUUGUUUUUUAACUGGAAAGAGAAAUCCAUAUUCACGUUCAAUAACCUAGUGCUUUUUAGACAUGGCUAACAAAUCCGAUUAAAUAACCAAAUUUAAAUACGUUGUUUUUUAGACCUUAAGACAAGUAGAAUCAGGCCAUUCGUCAACGACUGAUUUAUUACCCCAUUCAUUCGCCCACCUGCUCCCCGUAACCUUGGACACCUUACAAUCAAGAAUUUAUCAAUCUUUGCCUUAAAUGUACCCAACAACUUGUCCUCCACAGCGGUCUGUGACAAUAAACUUGUCAGCGUUGUCAUCCUCUGUUAAAUAAAUUCUUUGUCAGUUCUAAAGGGACGUCUAUGUAUUCUGAGGUAGCGAUCUGAUUCUGGAUUAGUCCUGGACACUAUUUCUACAACCAAUGGUUCCAAGUGAUUACUAUUACUCUUGUAAGUAUUUAACUAGCAUAAAACGCUGCUGAGCUGACAACUGCUCUAAGUAAUUUUGUAUGGUCCACUUCGAAUUUUGUAUAUCCAGCGGGUCUUUACUGUUCAGUUCUUGUCGCCUCAUUAUAGGAAGGAUGUGGAAGCUCUAGAAAUAUUUCCCGGGAUGCUGCCUAGACUAGAGAGCUUGUUCUACAAGGAAUGGUUGAGCAAACUAGGGUUUUUCUCUUUGUCAAGGAGGAUGACAGGUAACUUGUUAGAGGUGUACAAGAGGCACAGUAGCGUGGACAGCCAGCAUCUUUAUCCCAGGGCGGAAAUGGCUAAUACCAGAGGGCAUAAAUUAAAGUGACUGGAGGUGGUACGUACAGGGGUUGCGAGAAGUGAAUCAGGUUGUAAAAAGUUUAUAAUACAAUCUUUAUACUAUGAAGUUUUAUCAGUGAACGUUGGUGGUUGUGAGGGGCAGUAAAGGAUGAGCUUGGGAAAUGAACUUCUGAAAUGUUACUGAUUUAAAUUCUAGUUUUAAGAAACUCAAGCACAUUAGACAAAGAAACACCAGACCAAAAUGAUAAUUUUUAUUGUAUUCAGAAAUAUUUUUUCCAAACUUUGAGUUCUUAGAGGAUUAACUACAGAAAAAAUAAUUCUCCUGUAAGCAUUAGUGAGCAAAUAUCAUAGCUACCAAUCUGUAUACAAGACAAAUGGUAGACAAACAUUUACAACUUAGAAGCUGGGGAAACUAGGAAGGUUCAAAUUGUACAGAAAAAAAAGAACUGCCUAAGAGUUUCUAAUUGCAGACUGUAGGUCCUACACCCACCACACAGUUCCAGAGAUGUUGGACUGCAUAGGAGAGCUCAAAGGAGUGGGGGCAAUCAGGACCUUCUGCAUGCCACUCUUCCUGAGAAGUUGGAUUGUGCUCUACGUAGGCACAUGCAAGAGCCAAUAAAGAGAAAUUAGAUUUAAGCGGAGCAGCCUUUGUGAGAGCGGGCUGGUGUAAGAGUGGAAGGUCCAAGCUUUGGCAAUGCAAAGGCCAUAAGUAGAUUUUUUUCAUUUUUCUUUCUUUCUCAUUGCACAGUCAAAGCAGUGGGGAUGGAUGCCAGGUAGGAUAGCGGAAUGCCCAUCUUGUGGGACGUUUGAAGGCAGGAAGACCUCCAGUGUCCCUGAUGACACCACCUACAAGAAGUGCAUCCAGCUGCAGCUUCUUUCAGACAGUUGAGGAAAUGGAGCUAGAACUGAAUGAACUUCAGAUCAUUCUGGAGGCAGAGGUUAGAAUGUACAGGGAGGUAGUUAAACCCAAGGUGCAGAAUGCCAUUGUGGCUGUUCCCCUCAACAAGUAUACUGCUUUGAAUACUGUUGGGCCGAGAUGAGCAGGUAGAGGUUGUGGUCCAUUAUGGUACCAAUGAUAUGGGUAGGAAGGUAGCCAAGGUCCUGCAAGGUCCAUACAUCACUGGGUGUUAUGGUAAAGUUCAAGACCACUAGGAUUGUGAUCUUGUCUGCCACCCAUGCCAUGUGCAAGUGAAGCCAGAAAAGGGAAUUUCAUACAGUUAACAUUGGCAAAGGAUACGUUGCACUUGGAACAGUGUCAGAUUUUUGAAUCAUUGGGCUCCUUCCAGGAAAAGUGGGACCUGUACAGAAGGGACAGUUUGCACCUGAACUGGAGGACUAAUAUCCUUGCAGGAAGGUUUGCUAGUGCUGCAUGCGGAGGGGAAUUAAACUAGAGUUGCAGGGGGAUGGGAACUAGAGAAAAUAGUGGAGUGAUCGUGGGGCAAGAUGUUGUUAAGCGGGCACAAAGUCAGGAAUUGAAAGUUGGGACUAAUGUUCUGAUGUGCAUAAGUUUCAAUGUAAUGAGUAUUGCGGGAAAGGUGAAUGAGUUUAGAGCACACGUGGAAUUAUGACAUUGUAGCCUUGGAUAGGCAGGACUGAGCUCAAUGUUCUAGGGUUCUGUUACUUUGGAUGUAAUAAAGUGGAAAGAAUUAAAGGGGGAGGGGAAAAUGUCAUGCUCAGAUUACUGAAGCAAAAUGGGUGGAACUGAAGAAUAAUAAGGGGACAACCAAAUUAAUGGGAUUAUAUUACAGACUACCCAACAGUCUGCAGGAUUUGGAGCUAAUUUGUAGGGAGAUUGCAGACUAUUGCAAGAACAUAAGGUGGUUAAAGUAGGCAAUUUAAACUUUUCACAUAUAGACUGGGACUCCCACACUGUAAAAGUUUGUGUAGUGAUCAAAAUGUAAUUAUUUUUAAGAUAAUUAUGGAAAAAGAUAGGUCUGGUCCUUGAGUUAAGAUUCUAAAUUGGAGAAAGGUCAAUUCUGACGUUAUUAGAAAGGAUCUGGCAAGUGUGUAUUGGGACAGGGUGUUUACUGGCCAAGGUGUAAUUGGUAAAAUGGGAAGCCUUCAAAAGUGAAAUGUUGACCACCGAUUUUUGUAUGUUCCUGUUAGAAUCUGGCCAACCAGAUGAAUAAGAAUCCCAAGAGCUUCUACAGUAUAUUAAAGGCAAAAGGAUAGCAAGCAACAAAAAGAGAUCUUCUGGAAGAUCAGUAUGGUAAUCAAUGCAUGGGGCUGAAAGAGGUGGGGAAAAUCUUAAAUGUAUUUUUUGCAUCUGUAUUUACAUGGUGAUGAACACUGAGUUCAUAAGUGAGACAACACAGCAGUGAGGUCAUGGACCAUAUACAGAUUAUAGGUGUCUGCGGCCUUGAGGUAAAUUAGGGUGUAUAUAUCCCCAGGACUUGUUCAGGUUGAUCAAGAAAGUUUAGUCACUUUGAAUUCAUGAUUAGGUAGCAAAUUAGAUUAAAUAUUAGCUGCACGGGAGAAGCUAGAGAGUGGUAAUAGAUGGUUGCUUCUCGGACUGAAGCCUGUAACAAUUGGUGUACUGCAGAGAUUGGUGCUGGGUCUGUUGUUUGUCAUCUAUAUCAAUGACCUGGAUAAUAAUGCCGUGAACUGGAUCAGCAAAUUUGCGGAUGACACCAAGAUUAGGGGUGUAGUGAACAACAAGGAAGACCAUCAAAACGUGCAGCUCAACCUGGACCAGCUGGGAAAAGUAGGCUGAAAAAUGGCAGAUGGAAUUUAAUGGAGACAAGUGUGAGGUCUGGCACUUCGGGAGGACAAGUCAGGGUAGGAUUUGCAUAGUGAGUGUAGGGCACUGAGUGUGAUUAACAGAGGGAUCUGGGAAUACAGAUCCACAGUUCAUUAAAAGUGGCGUCACAGGUAGAUAGGGUUGUAAAGAAGGUGUUUGGCAUACUGGCCUUCAUAAAAUCCAAGUAUUCAGUACAAGAGUCGGGAUGUCAUGUUGAAGAUGUGUAAGAUGUUGGAAAGGCCUAGUUUCAAGGGUUGUGCACAGUUCUGGUCACCUACUUACAAGAAAGUUAUCAAUAAGAUUGAAGAAUGCAGAGAAAAUUUACAAGGACAUUGCAGGGACUUGAUGACCUGAGUUACAGGGAAAGGUUGAAUAGGUUACAACUUUAUUCCCAAGAGCAUAGGAGAAUGAGGGGAGAUGUGAUAGACGUGUAAAAAUUGAGGGGUACAGAUAAAUAAGAGCGGUCUUUUCCACUGAGGUUGGGUGAGACCAGAACUAGAGGUCAUGGGUUAAGAGUGACAGGUUUAGUGGGAAUCUUUCACCCAGAGGGUGGUGAGAGUGUGGAACCAGCUGCCAACAAAAGAUUCAAUUUCAACAUUUAAGAGAAAUUUGGAUAGAUAAAUGGAUGGGAGGCUAAGGUCUGGGUCCAAGUUGUUAGGACUGAUUUGCCACAGACUGGAGGGGCCAAAAGGCCUGGUUCUGUGCUGUAGUGUUAAAAAAAAACUCCUUGAAUCCCAAGUUUUUGGUCCCAGAAGCACUUAAUGCACAAGUUGUCAAGUUUGAAUUUUACAAACCAGGAUUUUAAAAGAUGUAAUCUAUUCUGUGAGAUGCCACAGAAUGCGAGUUCCAAAAUCACUCAGGGUGCACUACACCAUCAACUCAGCAUCAGUGCAAAGACAGUCUGAACACUCUGCUUAUAUCAGGGACUGGGAGACUGUUCCGCACAGCUGCAAUAACAUCCAUCUCAUCUUUGCAAAACAUUCCAGACGGUCUAACAACUUAUUUAACUUCAGUAACAUCUGUAAAUGAAAUGCAGUUAGCCUCAACAACAGUAAUAUAGAGCAGUGCAGUGCUACUCACCAGCUCAAAUUGAAGGCCUCGUGUUGCGGUGAGGUAACAUCCCUGGCUUACAACAGCAAGUUGUUGAUUUUAAAUCAAAUCACAUUGAGGAACCUUUCAAGCAAAUGCCCAUAAUUUCACCAAUAGGGAAAAUAAAUCUUCCAAAGCUCAGGCUUUUUGAUGAGACAGUCACUUUCCAGGACACCUCUUACUUGAUUUUAUUGAAGAGCAAGAGGACAAAAGGAAAGUACUAAAUCUCAACUGUCAAAUGGGAAAGCUAUGAAUUGAAGCAACCUGAUGCGUCUACUGACUAUUGAGUGAAGAUAGCUUACAAAUUUUUGAUCAUUUUGUAGGAACUAUUGAUCUUCGAUUUCAAACCAAGGUGAAGAUAUGUAAAGUGUCACACAACCAGCUAGAACACAUCGAUUGCAGAGCAUUGAAAAGUAACCUUCCGUAACGUAAAAGUUAUCAAUUUUUCCCCGUUAAGAAACAUCAUGCACAAUUUAACAUGUCUUGGUUCUUAUUUUAAGAUUCAGGUGGUCUUUGGUGAAUCAACCAGGCAGCUCUGAGAAAGCAAGCGUCAGUAACUGGAGAGCCUAACAUUUGUUUUCAAACAUCAAAAACUAUCAAUAGGGUCAGUCAUAGGGAUGCAUUCCGUGCUAGUUAUUGAGGAAAAAAAUCUUAGCAUGAAUAAAGGUGCAAGUUUUUUUCAACUUUUGAAGAUAAAUUAAAGGAAUUGCUUAUUUGUUAAACAUAUUCAAAAGGAAUUGCUUCUCCAUUAGAAACAUUAGAAUUGCUUCUCUUCAGGACUUGCGGUUCUUCCACUCUCCUACACCACUGCCCACCCCACUUAUCACAUUCGUUCAUUAAAAAAGCACACUGGAAGAGGUAAAUAAAAUCAGUCUACACGUGGUACAUGUAAAUAUGAAAUGGGUUCAUUAGACAAUGUUGGGUAAAACUGAUCUUGUGACAAGGAGUUUACACCUAUUUCAGCCUGGGGUAUAAUAUGGCCUUCAAACAAAAAAAAACUGAAGUCCCCCAUUCAAAGUUGGUUGGCAAAUCAACAUACUGACAGAAUUAAAGUCAGUUUUAUAAAAACACCAAAAUGCAAAUAGUGUCAAAUUUAAGUGAUCAGUACAAUCUAUUCAGCUGACAGUAAAACCUGUAUUAAAUGUUAAAGACUUUUCUAAAAAGAAAUGGCUGUACCUUUUUUUGUUUAAAUCAAAUGUUCACCCACUUGGAUUACUCCCCACCACACUCUGCAUAGGUGCAUGUGUAUCAAUACAUAGCACUUUAAUGACAGGAUUUAAGAAUCAUAAACCUAUUAAUUCUUGGAUAAAAAGAUUGCGUCCAUUUCCAGUCUGCUUAGAGCUAAAUCUUUAUUACAGAGUUGAAUUUCCCAGUAUCAUGCUGCUGAAAAAACUGUGUGAAAUAUUGUUUCACAUCCCACAACAUGUUGCCCCCCCACAUUGAAGUAAUUGUCUCACAACACCUAACCAAUGCUAAUAAUGAAUUUAUAAAAAAAUUGCACAGGUAUGCAGAGAUUCAUAAACCAUUUGUCAAGAAUGGAGGCUUAAUUACCAAUGAUCGAAAGGACUAGUGAUUAACAUUUCCCUAUGAGCUGAUCUUAAUAAAAUUCACUCACGUUACUUGAAGACAAUUUAUAAUCAGAUUUGCAGGCUGCUUCAUUACAAAGUUGAUGAUAGCUGUAAUCCUUCUUGAACAUUUGUCAUCGACUGUGGAUCUGUAAACAGCAUAUACUGGCCUACAUGACACCAAGUAUAUUCUACCAAGUAUUAUAAUAAUGAUGAAGUAGUAGGAGUUUUUUUUUAAUCAGAGGGCUAGCUGCUUUUUGGGAAGAGGUAGUGGGGAAGGUGGAUAUUGUUGAAAGUUGUAAAAGAGGAGAAGGGAGUGGAAGAAAGAGGAAGGGUACACCCUUAUCAAUAAAAAUGCUGAACUCACAGCUUACAGACUUUAUGGUGCCAGUAACAAUUCUUCUUGAGUACAGAAAGUGGCCAAUCAGCAGAAUGCUGUGGAAAAUGUUAUAUUCAACAUUAUGAAUAACUUUCCAGGAAGGCUUUGCGUUUGGGCAGUAGAAUCUCACUCAUAUUUCCCCUUAAAAGCCUUAGGAAACAUCAGUUAAGACCAGUGAAUUCAGCAGAUUGGACAGUAGCCAGAGGAUGAUCUUCACUGUGACUCAGUACCACACUAUUUACUGCAACCUUCAAAAGAAUUGAGUUAAUUUUAACCCUUGUCAGUACAAUUGAUUUGACAAAUCAUAACUGUAGAUUGAAUGAAACUUUCAGCCAGUUUUCAAUAUUUCCCCUGAUUUUUAACUUGCUCAGUGUCAAAGAAAAGUAAAUUUGCAGCCAUGUGUACUAAAAAAAAUCACUCAAUAGAGGUUUUACUGUCAAUCACUGGAAAGCUGUGUUGUCAUUACCACUGAAUGUGCUUUUUGGAAACUUUCACCACUAAUAUCCAAGCUGUUCAGAUACAACAGAUACUUACAGAUUAAACUAACCUGUACUGCCAGACCUCUUGGCAUUUCCUUUCCUACACGUUAAAAAGCAAGUGACGAAACGCUGCUGUUAUAGUUAACUGAAAAAAAUUAUGUUGAAGAAAAUCUCAGUUUUGGGUGCAGGGAACUUCCAUAUUAAAAAUAUGCUGAACAUUGAGAACCCAAUCAUCUGAAUGGAAAUCACUAAUAAGUAAACUUGUUUUGCAACAAUGCAAAUUGGAGAGACAGGUUUUCCAUUCAGUACUGAUCUGGUACUAACAUCAUCAUGGUCGCACCAAAUAUUGUCCACCCUACUUUAGCACAAAGUUUGUGUGGAUAAAAAGAAAUCCAAAUUUGAAUUUCAGUUAAAUGGCACUAACCGUUGAAAAUGAAACAUCUACUAAAACAUGGUAUUUCAGACGUGACUCAACAUACUAAUUCUAGUCUUGCUGUAUUUAUAUCCUGAACACAUUCAAUAAAUUUGUUAUCUCUUCAACAAUGUUGGGCACAGACAAGUAAAAUCCUGCAGUAGGUGACAUGGCUUAAGUUUACUAUUUUACUGGUAAAAGUCCGGUGCUAUUUAGGGGCUAUAAGAUACAAAAGAUAUUAUUUGCACAUUUCCCACAGGCUGUUGAACAAGUAGAGCAAAACUUGAUCCCAAUCUCAAACCAUAAAAAUCCUCCAUAUUAAAAUGUCAGACAUUUGAGAACCUAAUGGUUUGAAUGAACAAACCAAACAAUCAGCUUGCAACGUAAAUUUUAGAGGGAUACAUUUUUCAAUCAAUGCUGAACAUGCAUCUUCCCCUUCAGAUUAAAUGUGUCUAUUAAAUUGUCAUCCCAUUGUUGAAUAAAUUUGUUUACCAUGUCAUCAAUUCAGUAGACGCAAACAGAACAGGACCAAUCUUGAAAUCUGAAUGUAAAAAAAGUAGCUAGUAGUUGAAAGUUUACUGUAGUAAUCUGUUUGAGGAUUUAAAGCUGGGAUCAAUAUCUAACAUUUGUCCACACCCUGAAAGGUAAAAUUAUUUAUGUUCACUGGAAGUAAGCAAAGCAUAUUGCAUUCAUAAAACAGGUUCAUAAGUGUCAAAAUUUAGAGGCUACUGAGAUUGAUUCAAAUCCCAAAAUGCUGCAGCAGCUCAUACCUCAUUGAGCAUGGGAGGGAUAGAGAACCUGAUCAUCACAAAAAGCAAGAGUCCGCAAUCCCAGGGAAACCAUGAUUACUUUCAGGGCUUCGUCACUUAAAGAUGGUUUAAAAAGGGCUAACAGUUUGAGAGAGAUCACAUCUAACUAAGGCUUUUCAUUCUAGGACGAGGGAGAUGUCUUCAUUUUUUAAAGAAAGGGGCUUCCCUUCCUCCACUAUCAACUCUGCUCUUAAACGCAUCUCCCCCAUUUCACGUACAUCUGCUCUCACUCCAUCCUCCCACCACCCCACUAGGAAUAGGGUUCCCCUGGUCCUCACCUACCACCCCACCAGCCUCCGAGUCCAACAUAUUAUUCUCCGUAACUUCCGCCACCUCCAACGGGAUCCCACCACUAAGCAUAUCUUUCCCUCCCCCCCUCUCUCUGCAUUCCGCAGGGAUCGCUCCCUACACAACUCCCUUGUCCAUUCGUCCCCCCCAUCCCUCCCCACUGAUCUCCCUCCUGGCACUUAUCCGUGUAAGCGGAACAAGUGCUACACAUGCCCUUACACUUCCUCCCUUACCACCAUUCAGGGCCCCAAACAGUCCUUCCAGGUGAGGCAUCACUUCACCUGUGAGUCGACUGGGGUGAUAUACUGCGUCCGGUGCUCCCGAUGUGGCCUUUUAUAUAUUGGUGAGACCCGACGCAGACUGGGAGACCGCUUUGCUGAACAUCUACACUCUGUCCACCAGAGAAAGCAGGAUCUCCCAGUGGCCACACAUUUUAAUUCCACAUCCCAUUCCCAUUCUGACAUGUCUAUCCACGGCCUCCUCUACUGUAAAGAUGAAGCCACACUCAGGUUGGAGGAACAACACCUUAUAUUCCGUAUGGGUAGCCUCCAACCUGAUGGCAUGAACAUUGACUUCUCUAACCUCCGCUAGGCCCCACCUCCCCCUCGUACCCCAUCUGUUACUCUUUUUAAUGCACACAUUCUUUCUCUCACUCUCCUUUUUCUCCCUCUGUCCCUCUGAAUAUACC